AUGACUUUCUUCAACAACACUACAGCGCAGAACGCCAGUCAUGCAGCCUCCACACCACCCGGCUGGACUCCACUACUAUUAACGUCAACAGUCAUUGCCUGUGCAUGCUUCCUCUUCAAUGUCAUCGUAUUAGUUGUGCAGCUCCUCCCGCAAACCCGGUUCACAUCCUUUACCAACUACCUCAUCGCUAUCUCCGUCGGGAAUGUUUUAUGGUUAAUCGGCGUGCGCCCGCUGUCCAUUUACAGCGCGGUCACGGGCGUCUGGCCCGGCGGCUAUGCCGUGUGUGCAACGUUCUCGUAUUUCCAGUUUGUGGAAAGCCAAAUCCCCGUGUUCGUCCAUGUUCUCAUAUGCAUCAACCGCGUGUGGGCGAUCACUUAUCCCGUCUCAUACCGCCGACGUCACAACUUCAAGAUGGCAGUUUUAUCAUGUCUGGCAGUGUUGGCAUACGUCCACGUUCCGCAGUUUGCCAGGUUCGUAUUGGAAUACUUUUAUUACAGUCCACCGGUUAAGCCCACUGACUGCCAGCCCGGUGCCGGAGGAUACUGA